AUGGCAGCCGGGUGGUUUUACUCCCCAAGUCAGAUUGUUCGCUACUUUGCAACACGUAUCUCAAGUUUGAAGCCUCCACAGGUAACGUUACCUGGUUUUCAAUUGAGAAAUCCAUAUCAUAUCUUAAAGGAAUUGACCCGACACCAGUGGCUUAUGUUUGCCGCUGGGUUCUUGGGAUGGACCUGGGAUUCUUUUGACUUUUUCACCGUCUCUAUGACAAUGACGGAGCUUGCUGCUGAAUUUGAUGUCUCUUACUCGGAUGUAUCCUGGGGAAUGACAGUCACUCUGAUGCUUCGACCCGUUGGCGCCCUGAUCUUCGGUGUCUUAGCUGAUCGCUAUGGCAGAAAAUGGCCGAUGAUGAUCAACCUGGGCUUUUUCAUUGUCCUAGAGCUGGGAUCGGGCUUUUGUCGGACGCUGAACGAGUUCCUGGCCGUCCGUUCUCUCUAUGGAAUUGCAAUGGGAGGGCUAUUUGGCCCAGCAGCCGCCACAGCUCUUGAAGACCUUCCGUACGACGCUCGAGGUUUACUUUCCGGGUUGUUCGAGCAAGGUUAUGCCACUGGCUACCUUCUUGCUGCUGCUUUUUAUCGUGCUCUCGUCCCGACAACACCGCAUGGUUGGAGGAGUUUAUUUUGGUUUGGUGCUGCGCCCCCCGUUUUGAUUAUCUGGUUUCGCUGGUCACUUCCAGAAACAACCCAUUUUCAGGUCAUGAGAGCCGAGCGCGAGGCAAAGGUCAGAAACGAGCAGGCCACUGGGGAUCAUGUACGUGCGACAGGCCUUCGUGCCUUCGUGAGAGACAGCGGGAGAGCCCUUUCCAAGGACUGGUUUCUUUUCAUCUACAUGGUUGUGGUCAUGUCAGGCUUCAAUGCAUGCUCACACGGUAGUCAGGAUUUCUACCCGACUUUUCUCAAGGAUCAGGUUAGGAUGUCAGUAACGGAGGCUACUGUUGUCACAGUCGUUGGACAAAUAGGCGCCAUCCUCGGUGGAAGCAUAAUAGGAUACAUCAGCACGUUUUUUGGUCGUCGAUUGACGAUGCUCUGCGCCUGCAUUGUGGGGGCUGCUUUGAUCCCCGCGUACACACUUCCGCGAACCAUGUCUCUUGCGGCAAGCGCUUUUUUCCAACAGUUUUUCGUUGCUGGAGUCUGGGGACCUAUACCAAUCCAUCUGAUGGAACUCUCCCCCCCCUCCCUCCGAACAUUUAUGGUGGGAAUGACAUACCAACUCGGUAACCUUGCCUCAUCCGCUUCUGCCACUAUCCAGUCUGUCAUCGGCGAACGGUAUCCCCUGCCCUCAGGCCCUGGCGGAAAGAAGAAGUUUGAUUAUGGCCGGGUUAUUGCCAUUUUCAUGGGUUCAGUGUGGGCUUAUAUAUUCUUCUUCCUUUUCUUUGGACCUGAGAUGUCACAGGAGGAAAGGGACGAGGAAGCCGCAGCAGCAGCCCGGCUCGAACAACUGCGAGGAGAAGGUGUGAGUCUUACUCAGGUGGGAGAGGCAAAUGUUGGCAAGGAAGACAUGGAAGAUGAAUGGUUGGACAGUAAUGUCAAUACUGCUGAUAAGGCGCGAGCAGAGCACAUUGAGUGA